AUGACCAACUACAUCACUACCUUUAUCAAUCAAGAAAGCUUGAAAAGCAUCAGCUUUCCCAAGUUACCUCGAAUGAGUGCCAUCACUCAACAACAACAACAACAACAACCAGUUCAAGAAACCAUCAUUACCGGUUUGGUGCAGUCGCAAUCGUGUUACUUCGGUACAUGGUACUCGACACUUACCGAGCCUAUCAGAGACUUUGCAGGCAAUGGAACAGACGACAGCCUCUUGUUUCCAUCCUUCGUCGUCCAGAAGGGUCUUGCAAGAAAAACCGAAGUUGGUUUGGUGUGUUCACCAGAAAACCAAACCGUGUCCGUUUCGCCAAAAUCUUUCGUCGAACCUUUGUCCCAAACAAGCAAGAGCUACAAUCUCGCAGGGAAUGCUGGGGUCUGA